AAGUCUUGGCCUUCAUACACUAAGCAAACGUAGGCCAUACAAGGAAACUAGCUUUUCGCCAACCACUGUUGCUUUUUUUGCUAUAAAGUAAAUUUGAAGAAUCCUAUUGUUAUUUUUUAUUGAGAGAAUAUAGUUCAUGACGGUGCCGAGAAAAAACAAUAAUGAUCUUCCUCAUGUCGAAAAAUAUGAUUCUUUAAACGGAACGUGGGACUUCCUCAAAGAUGGCGUCUUGCAUAUUUUGGAUCGAUUGGAUGAAGGAAUGUCAAUUACUCGAUAUAUGGAGCUCUAUACUGCUAUCCAUAAUUAUUGUGCCGAUGCUUCGAAAACAAUGUCGGUAGAAAGUUUCAGCGAUCAGACUGCGAAUGUUUUAGGUGAAGCCUUAUAUAACAACUUGGUAUUGUACUUGAAAGAGUAUCUGACGCAAUUACGAACGUCAUCGCUUUCAGAAUCAACGCAUGAAGACCGAUUAGCCGCAUAUGCAAACUGUUGGACUCAAUUUAAGACCUCUUCCAGGUUCCUUCAUCAUCUUUUUGGAUACCUUAACAGAUACUGGGUAAAACUGAAAAACCGGUUUUCCGAUACUGUGGUUUACGAUAUCUAUACAUUGUGUCUCGUUUCGUGGUACCAUCAUGUUUUUAUGCAUAUAUGCGAUGAUAUGCUUGCAAGUUUGUUGUACGUACUCAACAAGAAGCGGUCGCACGAGCCAGUCGAUAUGAAGGACGUGAAAGUCUGUGUUGAUUCCAUCACUUCAUUAAGUUUCGACAAGGCAGACAUGUCGAAGGCCAAUCUCAGUUCUUACAAAACAUUUUUUGAACAGCGAUUUAUUUCAUCUUCGAGGGAAUUUUACGGGACCGAAUCGUCUCAGUAUAUCACAAUGCAUUCCAUAACCGAUUACCUUGGAAAAGCAGAGAACCGACUUUUAGAAGAAGAAGAGCUUGUUCACUUGUAUUUGCACGAGUCUACGCUGAAACCAUUGCUGGAAGCUGUUGAAGAUGAACUAAUUACUAAACAUGCCGAGGUUUUACAUAAUGAUUUUUCGCGCAUGCUUGAUGAAAACUGCCAUAACGAUAUCGUUAGAAUGUAUCGUCUAAUGUCUAGAACACCAAAUGGAUUACAACCAUUGAGAAAGUCGUUUGAAGAGUUUGUAAAGCGGUCUGGAUUUCUUGCCGUUGCUAGAAUUGUGCCUGAAGGUAACAAGGUAUCUGAGGUAGAUCCCAAAGAUUACCUUGAAAUGCUUUUGUCCACAUAUCUAUCUUCGAAAAACCUUGUCGACACAGCUUUUCAUGGGGAUGCGGAUUUUACAAAAUCUUUGGAUACAUCUUGCAGAGAAAUCGUAAAUCGCAAUAUCGUCUGUCACCCUUCUUCGUCAAGGUCUCCUGAACUUUUGGCUAAAUACUCGGAUUCUGUUUUGCGCAAGAACAGCAAAACGGUAGAGGUUGAUGAUAUAGAAAACAUAUUAACUUCCAUUAUCAUUAUUUUCCGCUAUGUCGAGGAUAAGGACGUCUUUCAAAACUUUUAUACGAAACUCCUGGCCAAACGAUUGGUCAAUGGAAUGUCCAACUCACAAGAUGCAGAGGCAGGAAUGCUCUCCAAGUUGAAGGAAGUUUGUGGAUUCGAAUACACCAGCAAAUUGCAGAGAAUGUUUCAAGAUAUAUCUUUGUCUCAGGAAUUAACUGAAUCAUUCCACCAGCUUCCAGAAAUGCAAAAGUCUCCCAUUGAUUUUUAUGCCAUGGUUUUAGGAACAUCAUUCUGGCCGUUAACAGCUAGUUCCUCUAAUUUCCAUAUCCCAUCUGAAUUAAAAUCCCUUUACGAACGGUUUGAAGGUUAUUAUAAUACCUGCCAUAAUGGUCGGAAGUUAAGUUGGCUUUUCCAUUUGUCCAAAGGAGAAAUUAAGGCACGUAUUAAUCCUAAUUCUAGCACUACAUACGUAUUUCAAGUGUCUACCUUCCAAAUGGCUGUCCUACUUCUAUACAACCAAAGAACUUCAUACAAAUAUGAUGAGUUGUUAGAGCUGACUGGAUUGAAUCAGGACAUAUUGACCGGAAUUCUUAAUAUUUUCUUACGCGCAAAAGUUUUGUUACUUGAGGAAGGUAAGAACCUUGGAGAGUUGGACAGUGUGUAUACAUUGAAUAUGAAUUUCAAGAUGAAAAAAAUUCGUGUUCAACUCAAUUUGCCCAUAAAGUCUGAACAAAAACAAGAAGUAGUAGAAACACAGAAAACCAUCGAAGAAGACCGGAAGUUACUAUUGCAAUCUGCCAUUGUACGCAUUAUGAAAGCUAGAAGGACACUGAAGCAUGUUGUUUUGGUCAAAGAAACUAUCGAUCAAAUCAAAAGCAGAUUUGCUCCUCAAGUUUCAGAUAUCAAGAGAUGCAUUGAUAUGUUAAUUGAAAAAGAAUAUCUGGAGCGACAAGGACGUGAUGAAUAUGUUUACCUUGCUUGAGUUUAUUUAAUUGUUGUUUAUUAGAAUACCAUGGUGUUAAUAAUUUAUCAUAUUUCAUUCCUUUUCUUUUUUGUCUAUAGCUUUCAUGGAAGUAUCCUUUUUACCGUUUACCGU